GGAGAGAAGGAGUAGUUUAUUAAACAAGAGGGACAGAGUGAGUAAUAAAUACCAAAUGGUGGGAAGUCUCUGUAGUUUGGCAAAAUUACAGGAGGCUUUUGGUAAAUGUUUCCAAUAAAAUAACCUCUGCAAAUAAAUCUUCUAUGCAAGCAAAGGUUCUCUCCAAAUUGAAAUCUCCCUCUCUUUCCCUCCUGCCAUUUCUCUCUACAUUUCACACACACACGCACACGCACACGCCACACCGGAAUUCUCCUAGUUGCCCGUCGGAGAGAAGGAGUAGUUUAUUAAACAAGAGGGACAGAGUGAGUAAUAAAUACCAAAUGGUGAGAAGUCUCUGUAGUUUGGCAAAAUUACAGGAGACUUUUGGUAAAUGUUUCCAAUAAAAUAACCUCUGCAAAUAAAUCUUCUACGCAAGCAAAGGUUCUCUCCAAAUUGAAAUCUCCCUCUCUUUCCCUCCUGCCAUUUCUCUCUGCAUUUCACACACACACGCACACGCACACGCCACACCGGAAUUCUCCUAGUUGCCCGUCGGAGGAAGAAUUAUGGUUGGACAGAAACGGAAACGUGGGAGAAAACCCAAAAACUCCCAACCGGAAGCCCUUGAAUUAGACAACACCACCGCAACGGGCGCCGGUUCGAGCUCUAGUCCUACUACCGCAGCAUCUGACGACGCCGUCUUCUCCCUCGGCAACGUAGAGAUAGUCGAUCCUCACCACCGCCGCCGGCGAGGUCGCCCUCCUAAAAAUGCUAAAGCACCGUCCUCAGACCCCAAAACCCUAAGAGCUGGUUCCCCACCUCGCCUUCUUCUGGACAAACAGAACGGUUCCGCUUCUCUUAUGUCCGCUGCAGCGGCGGUUGCGGAGGCGGCCGUGGCGAGGGUGGUCCCGGCAAUGGAUGCAGUUGUUAAAGUGUUUUGCGUUCACACUGAGCCGAACUUUUCCCUUCCUUGGCAACGGAAAAGGCAGUAUAGUUCGAGUAGUAGUGGCUUUGUGAUUAAAGGGAAGAGGGUCUUGACGAAUGCCCAUUCUGUAGAACAUUAUACACAGGUUAAGCUGAAAAAGAGAGGGUCUGAUACUAAGUAUGUUGCCACAGUUCUCGCCAUUGGUACUGAAUGUGAUAUCGCUAAUUUGGGAGUUAAAGUUGAAAUUUCCCUUGUUGUGUGGGUUUGCGAUUGUCACUUGCUUCCUGGAGGGGUUACAACUCCCAAAAUGAUCUGUUCCCUAGGGUGCUACACAAUUGCAAAGUGGUUAAAGGUGCUUUGGGAUGAAAACUUAAGAUCUAUGCUUGCGGUGGAGGAUGAUGAAUUCUGGGAAGGGGUAUCUCCUGUGGACUUCGGGGAUUUGCCUGCUCUGCAGGAUGCAGUCACAGUUGUUGGUUAUCCAAUAGGGGGAGAUACGAUAUCUGUAACGAGUGGUGUUGUCUCGCGUAUAGAGAUCCUGUCUUAUGUCCAUGGAUCCACUGAACUUCUUGGGUUACAGAUAGAUGCUGCUAUUAACUCUGGAAAUUCAGGUGGUCCUGCAUUCAAUGAUAGAGGUAACUGUGUGGGUAUUGCAUUUCAGUCCCUCAAACAUGAAGAUGCAGAAAAUAUAGGUUACGUCAUACCCACACCUGUCAUCAUGCACUUCAUUGAAGACUAUGAGAGGAAUGGUGCAUACACCGGUUUCCCUAUUCUUGGGGUGGAGUGGCAGAAGAUGGAAAAUCCAGAUUUACGGUUAGCAAUGGGAAUGAAAACUGAUCAGAAGGGUGUUCGAAUAAGAAGGGUUGAUCCCACCGCUCCUGAAUCUAAUGUUUUGAAGCCAUCAGAUAUCAUACUCAGCUUUGAUGGGGUUGACAUUGCUAAUGAUGGAACUGUUCCAUUUAGGCAUGGAGAACGAAUUGGAUUCAGUUACCUUAUAUCGCAGAAAUAUACUGGGGACUCCGCAGCAAUUAAGGUUCUUCGCAAUUCUCAAACUAUCAAAUACAACAUUAAACUUUCUACGCACAGAAGGUUGAUCCCAGCUCAUAACAAAGGCCAACCUCCUUCGUAUUAUAUCGUCGCUGGAUUUGUCUUUACAACCGUAUCUGUCCCAUAUCUACGAUCCGAGUAUGGGAAGGACUAUGAAUAUGAAGCUCCAGUCAAGCUUCUGGACAAACUCUUGCACGAAUUGCCGCAAACUCCGGAUGAACAAAUUGUUGUAGUCUCCCAGGUUCUUGUGGCAGACAUCAACAUUGGGUACGAGGACAUUGUGAACACCCAGGUCCUGGCUUUCAACGGUCAGCCUGUUAAAAAUUUGAAGAGCUUAGCCAGUAUGGUAGAGAGCUGCAAUGAUGAGUUCUUGCAAUUUGAUUUGGAAUAUCAACAGAUUGUGGUCCUUCAGACGAAGGGUGCAAAAGCGGCAACUUUGGACAUACUUAAAACUCAUUGUAUACCAUCUGCUAUGUCAGACGAUCUCAAGACAUGACUGGAAACAUGAUUUGCUUUAAUACCCAAGGAUGUCAAGUGUGGUUUGUUUUUCCUGAGCCCUUCUGCUUAUGCUUCAAUAGUUCACAUUUUCCUAUCAUGACCCUGGUAGAUUCGAGUCUUUAUCAUGCGAUAGACAUACUAUAAUUAGCUAGUAGGAUGUUGAUUAGGAUAACAAGUUGCAGAGGUUAUACGAGAGACUCCUUGGAGUGGAUUAACAAUAUAUUUUGGCAGAAUAAAAGAGAAAUUCACUUUGGAUGCCCCUCCUACUUGUUUUGUAUUUGAACUUUUCUUGAAGUUGGGUUGCUAAAAGGGGAGUAGAGUAACCCCUAUUAUAGAAGAGAAUUCUGUAAUGGUAGCAAUAUAUGGGUAUCAUUUGGAUGCUACUAUGUUAGGGAUGAGAAUACAGUGUAGCAUGCCAUUGCUAGAACCUGCAUGAUUUUAUAUCCGAUCGAUGGGGUUUGCAUUUAGUGGCAUUGCUAAGGCUUCACCCGGAGCAAAUACAUAUCCACAAAAAAAUCAGUGGAAAGUUUUGUAAUACCAGUAAGAGCUCAUUAGAGAAUGAAGAAGGAACGAAAUGUUUUUGUUUUUGUUUUUUGUUUUUUCCUUUUUCCAAUUAGUUUAGAAAAGGGAGAAAUUGUUUUUGCUCUUUGUGCUUUUGCCUGAUUGUCAAUAGUUUUCCUGGUAUAUAACAAUUCAGA